AUGUAUAUGCUUGUUUACGGGAGUCAUUUUUGAAGCAAGACCGUUUGUGCAGCAGGCAUAAACUACUGGACGGUUAUCAUUGUCAAGAGUGCCAUUCCCAACUACACACGACGCCUUCUGCUGCGGAAGGUCAUUCGUCGGCAGGAUGCCCGGGUGCGGGUCCUUUUCAGUCUUGGGCUUCCUGCAAAUGGCCAAAUACCACCUGAUAUACUCAAGGAGAUCAGCCAAUUUGAUGAUCUUCUGAUCGCAACCUACACGGACACCUAUCAGAAUCUGACUCUGAAGACCAUCGUCAACCUACGCUUUGUUCACUACAACUGUCUACACAGCAGCCCGUCGUUCGUCUUCCUGGAUGAUGACCAUGGCAUUAAUCUGACACAGCUACACUGCGUGCUCUCAAAGUACUCAGUUUCGGAGUUGCGUGGAGGCAUCUUCGGUGCCAUCUACCCGAGGAGUCGGGUGAUGCGAAGGGUUCAGCAUAGAUGGUUCACGCCCAUCGCAGACUACCCCUUCCCUCUGUUUCCCGCUUAUGCAAACGGGCCCUGCUAUGUGAUUGGGGCUGAUCUCAUUCGCAAACUUUCCAUCGCCUCCGCCUUCACGCGUCCACUGCCCAAUGAAGACGUCUACGUGGGCAUGAUGUUGUUAAAGUUGGGAGUUGACAUUCACCCUCUGCCCAAUAUCUUACUCCACAAACGCCUAGAAGCCACCAAUGCAUCCCCUCUGGUGGCAGUGUUGAAGCAUUUCGUCCGAGUCCUGAACAUAAAGUAG